AAAAAAAAAAAAAAAAGAGCCGGCUGAGAGGUUUCCCCGGCCGGUUGACGGACUGACGGCAACGGUGGUUCGCUCGCCGACUCCGGAGUAGCCGCUUCGCCCUUCUCCCAGUCGGGACCAUGGCAAGUCCAAGAUCAAGGAAAGUCCUUAAAGAAGUGAGAGUGCAAGAUGAAAACAAUGUUUGUUUUGAGUGUGGUGCAUUUAACCCCCAGUGGGUGAGUGUGAGUUAUGGAAUCUGGAUCUGUCUGGAGUGCUCAGGAAAACAUAGAGGCUUGGGAGUUCAUCUGAGUUUUGUGCGGUCUGUCACAAUGGACAAAUGGAAAGACAUAGAACUGGAGAAAAUGAAGGCCGGCGGUAACCUUAAAUUCCGAGAGUUUUUAGAGUCUCAAGAUGAUUAUGACCCUUGCUGGUCGUUGCAAGAGAAGUACAACAGCAAAGCUGCGGCACUCUUCAGAGAUAAGGUGGCCAUGUUAGCUGAAGGUAAAGAAUGGUCCAUUGAAACCUCUGCUGCUCGGAAUUGGAGUCCUCCGCAGCCCAAGGUUGCUUUGUCCUCAGCUCAUCGAAGCUCUGGAGGGCAACCGCAGAAUGCCGGCCCCACUUCUGAUAAAGCAUUUGAAGACUGGUUGAAUGAUGACGUUGGUUCCUAUCAAAGUGGCCAAGAAAAUCGCUAUGUUGGGUUUGGGAACACAGUCACUCCUCCCAAAAAAGAAGAUGACUUCCUGAACAACGCUAUGUCUUCUCUUUACUCGGGCUGGAGUAGUUUUACAUCUGGAGCAAGCAAGUUCGCUUCUGCAGCUAAAGAGGGUGCUAGCAAGUUUGGAUCUCAAGCAAGUCAAAAGGCUUCAGAGUUAGGUCAGAGUUUAAAUGAAAAUGUUCUCAAACCUGCACAGGAAAAGGUGAAAGAUGGAAAAAUUUUGGACGACGUUUCCCAUGGAGUCUCACAUUUUGCUUCCAAGGUCCAGGGAGUAAGUACUAAAAGCUGGCGAGAUAUGACCACUUUUUUUUCUGGAAAACCAGAUGGGUCUUCUGAAAGGCCCCCGGAUACAGAGAGCUACCAGAACAGCAAAAGCGAUGGCUACCAGAACAACACCGCGGACCAGAGUUUUUGGGAGACCUUCGGCAAUUCAGACCCCCCCAAAACCCACAAGUCCCCAAGCAGCGAUAGCUGGACGUACGUGGACAAUUCGACGGAGAAGAAGAGCUCCGACAGCUGGGAUGUUUGGGGGUCAGGCACCGUUUCCAACAACAAGAACAGUAAUGGUGACAGCUGGGAGAACUGGGAGACCAACUGGGAGAACGCCGCAGGGGAGGGCAAAGCCAAAAAGACUGCCAAGAAGACCACAAAAGAACCCUCUGCAGCUCCUGAAGAAGAAUGGGACAAUCACAACUGGUAGGACUCGUUCUCUCACCAGCAUAGCGGACGUGGGAGGGAGGAAGAAUAUCACACCUCUGAUGGAAGAAUCUCCCACAUGACUGGACUAACCCAACAUCCUUUCGGAAGGGGGAAGCCUCUUUAAACCUCCUGCCUGCUGUUCCAUUCCCCUUUACAACCGCCGUCAUAAAAAAAACAACAACCACGUGGGUUUGCGGAUUCUUGUAAUUUCCAUACGAAGAGCCAGGUCACGUCACGGAAACGAUCGUCGCAUCAGAUAUAUCCCCGCCGUGCCGCUGUCCUCAUUGUGGGGUUUGCCCAGCCUCCUUAAACCCGAGAAUCUCUGGAGGAAACCACUCCACGCCAGCCUACCAUCCCAGCACAACGUUCGCAUGUGUCGUUCGGCAUACUCGCACAACUUCUUUUGGGGGACUUCAGCUGAUGUUUUUGGAGGACUUCUGGGUAGUCCGAUACGUUUGAAGUGGGGGAGAGAGGGCUAUUUAGCCAAGUAACGUAUUGUGGCUGAGAUGGGAUGGCUUGGAAUCGAGCCAAAAUAUAUUAUUUAAGGUAUUGUAGAAGCAGUUAUUAGAUGGACCCAAGUUUAUUUAAGGGUGUUUUUUUUUUUUUUUUUAGGGCCGUUUUCCCUUUAAAAAUUUUUUUUUUUUUACUUAAAAAAAAAAAAUUUUUUUUUUUUUUUUUUUUAGUUCUUGGCUUUGGCUGCUUUCAAUAUGUUUGUGUAAGAUUCCUCACCUUUCCUUUUUUUUCUUUUCCCCUUAUACAUUAGAUUAAAUCCCCUGUAUCCUUUUUCUCCAUUUAAGGUUCUAUACAUUCCUCAAUUUUAGCAUAAUUGCUGGGUACAAACAGUGAUGGAAAAACAGACAGGAUAGAUGGCAGUUUUCAAAAUGGGACAAAUGUCAAAAGCAAACAUUUUUAUAACCAAACAAAUAAUUUGGAACUUUUGCUCUUAUAAAAUUACAUUUAUAAGAUUCUGCAUUAGAUUUUCAAUUUGCUCUUUCCCUUCCACUCCCCCAAGUGCCCGGAAGGAGAAUACUGAAAAAUAAUCCGAUAUCAUUCUGAGCUAUGCUGCAUGAAUUUGAGGGGGAAAAAACCCAGUAUCCUUUUCUACAAGGUCUGAUGUCAAUUCUGUUUUUGGUGCUUGUGAUCAGUAAAUUGUUUUUUUUUUCCGAAUAAUCUAUGUAUAUUUAAAUACUGCAGUGUUAGACCGCUAAGAUGCAGGAAACACUGAAUCGUGGUAUAAUUGGCUGGAUGUCACAAUGAGGCUUUCCAGGAACCAGGAUGAAAAUCUGGUUUCUUUAUCUAAGAAAACCUUUGGCUUGGCUAAUGAACUGUGUGAUGUCUGAGCACCUGGAUACUUGGGACUUCCAGUUUCUCAAAAAUUUAGCUGAAAUCAUCUGCUGUAUGUAACUCUGUGUGUAUAUCAGGGCACAUAGAUAAACACAAAGAGAUCAUGAAGUAUUAAUAGUUUCCUACAAUUUUUAUGUAUUGUUCAAUAUGUCACUAUCUAUCUUGUGAAGAAAUAUGAAGUGCUUGAGCUGC